UGUGUGGUUUGUAAGGAACCUGCUCACGGGUAUAAUUUCGGUGCCUUAGUUUGUCUUCCAUGUAAGAGUUUUUAUAUUCGAUGUAGUAAAGAAGAUGUUAUCUACAGUAAGUGCCGUGGACAAUGUGAUAUAACUGGUGAAAACAGAAUCCGCUGUCAAUAUUGUCGAUAUCAACAAUGUCUCAAAGUUGGGAUGAAACCUCAGAAGCCAGAACGGUACAUGUUUGCAUUUGACGAAUCUUUAUGUAUGGUCUGUGGGGAUUUAUCUAAUGGAAUUCAUUUUGGUGUCGGUACCUGUGAGGGUUGCAAGAAAUUCUUUCGACGUUGCUUAUUAGAAAGUUCUAAAUUAAUUUGUGUAAAUGAGAGAAGAUGUAAAAUCAAUCCAAAGACAAGAAAUCGGUGUCGAUUAUGUCGAUACUUAAAAUGUCUUCAAGUAGGCAUGUCGAAAAGUGGUGAGUCGAACUGUUAA